AUGCUUCGGAUGACGGCCAAAGCGUCAAUAUUCGGCCAGAGGAACUUCACCAGCUGGCUCAUUGAAGCUACAGGAACAGUGCCCAUCAAGCGAAGGAAGGACAACCCAGAGGACGCCGACAACACAGAGGUCAUGACCAAACUCAUGGAGGCUUUGGAAGGAGGGGAUGCCGUCUGCCUGUUCCCUGAAGGCAUUAGUCGAUUCCAUCCCGAAAUAGCCCCCUUGAAGACCGGCGUUGCUAGGAUGAUUUCCGAUGUCUUGGGUCGUAAUCGAGACAACCCAGACUUUGAAAUUGCUCUCUUACCCUGCUCUAUCACCUAUAUGCAUCGACAACACUUCCGCUCAGAUGUCCUUGUCAGUUUCCAACGACCAAUGAUUUUCUCACCGAAGACCCAUCCAGAACUAGUCCCACCUGUCGACUUUGCUCACAUUAAGGCCCUAACCAAGGAUCUCCAGGGCAGCAUUAGCAGUGGAACAUUGGAUGCACCCAAGUGGCAUCUAAUCCGAAGUGCGAAGCUUGCCGCGAGGAUGUAUGCCCCGCUCGGCACGCUGAUGCCCCUUGGAGAAUAUGUCCGUUUGACGCGCAAAUUCUUGGAAUUGUUCAAAGCAUGCCAGCAGGACGAAGGGAGCGGGACUUUACCUCAAGAAGUUGAUCGUGCUGCUGUUCGGCAGAUUUGCGCAGAUCUUAAGGCAUAUCAAGACCAACUCGCUCAUUGGGGAAUUAAAGAUGACCGAAUACGGCGGCCCAUGCGAAGAUCCACCGCUUUGUACAGGAUGUCCAUCCGACUUGCUUGGCUCUGCCUACUUGGGUCUAUCUCGCUGCCAGGCUUGCUAUUGUGGGCACCGAUCUUCGCCACCACGUAUGUCGCCGUCCGGAAUUACAAGAAGACAGGUCCAAUUCUCGAUACUUGGGAUGAGAUCGCCCAAUACAAGCUCAUCUACGGACUCCUGUCGGGUGGCAUUGUUUAUGCCGUCGUCGUUCUGAUGACAUGGCCCAUAGCGUUCAUCACGAUACCCAUGACUCCGGCGCUAAUGUGGAUCACCCUGCGAUGGUUCGAAGACCUGGUGGCGACGUUCCGUGCCUUUGUCGCCCUCUAUCGCCUCUUACGAGUCGGAAAGCCCGCGUUGAAACAAAUGCGCGAACGGCGCCUCGACUUGUACAGUCGCGUAAGCAACGUUGCUGUGAGCGCCCUCGGUCUUCCGGAUGAACCAGAAAAGUACUUUUCUCAAAUCGAGGGAAGGCAUAAAGGGCGUAUCCUCGGAGAGUGGGAUGGGCGUGCGCGCUACUUUUCUCUUAAGCGACGAAGGAAGAGGGAUUGGGACGAAGUUCUUCGACUGUAUGAGAAGGUUGACUAUCCCUCAGAGGACGAUUAGAUAGUAAGUAUCAUAUAUAGUACUUGUGUUAUCAAAUGCUCUUUCUUUGGAUUCUUAGUGGACUUGUGUGUAAUGUAUGAGAUUAACUCGAUCUCUUCUCGUGUUGUGAUUCCGAC